AUGGCACAACAAGCCCCCGUCGAACCUCUCGUGGCCGUGGUCCCGGCACCGGAAGUUGGGCUCAAUGUCUUUACCAACGAAAUCCCGCCAUGGUCACCCGGCAAGGGCGUCCGCGGCAUCUUUGGCGGCUUCCUCAUCGCGCAGGCCGUCCGGGCGGCGCAGCUGAGCACGGAUGCGAGCUUUGCCGCGCAUGUGCUGCAGUCCAUCUUUGUCAGGCCCGGCAAGGCGACGUCCCAGAUCUACUACCACGUCGAGCGCGUCGCCGACGGCCGCACCUUUGCCACGCGGCUCGUGAGGACCAUGCAGGACGGCGCCGUCAUCUUCACCGCGACCGUCGGCCUGCAGCGCCAGGACCCCACCGGAAGCUCCGCCGCGUCGCCGUCGCCGCUGCCGUUUCGAAACCUGGAGCACGCCCUUCCGCCACCAGACAUGGACGGCAAGGGGCCCGACGACAUACCCGAGACGAGCAAGGACGACCUGCUCUCCAUGGUGGGCUUCAAGACGUCGGCGUCGGCGCCCUUCAUCGACGACCCCUUUGAGUGGCGCCACCUGCUCGACCAGCCCGGCGAGGAGACGGGACAAACCACGCUGCUGCUGCCGCCGUCUUCUUCUUCUUCUUCUCCUCCUUCUCCUCCUCCUCCUGCACCGCACAGCUUCCGGCUGCGGUCGUACGUGCGGUCGUCGCCGCUGUCGCCCGCCGCCGGGCCGGCAGAGCACCUGGCGAGCCUGGCGUUUCUGACGGACGAGUGGCUGAUGGCGCUCGUGAACCUGGCGCACCCCGAGAUGCUGUCGCGGCGGCCGCGCGAGCUGCUGACCAUCGACCCGGCGGAGCAGGUCACCACCAUACGGCCCCCUUCCAUCGCCGUCCAGGCCAGCAUUCACCACAACAUCCUGUUCCACGACGCGAGCGUCAGGGCGGACGGGUGGCUCAUCUCGGAGCGCCUGACGAGCUGGGCAGCCGAGGGGAGGGUGCUCGUCGAGCAGAGGCUCUGGAGCCUGGAGACGGGGAGGCUGGUGCUGAGCUCUUGGCAGGAGGGGCUUGUGAGGUUGAAGGGUGAUUCAAAGCUGUAG